GUGUCCGAGCUUAUCUCUAAAUCCUCGUAAUUAGUUAAUUCUAUUCUUAUUUAUCUAAAUUAUCUCACAUUCUUUGUUAAUGGAGUAGAUUGAGUCGACUACUUUCGUUGCUAUUUUCAUUCCUUUCUUCACCUAACCUACCCUCUUUUCAGCAAUCCCAUAAAUAAAAAUAUUGACUUCAUACAAUUGUAUUUGGAUUGGACACAAACAUUAGGUGCAGUUAAGUUGGAGACAACAUUGUACGAAUUAUAUAUAUUUUUAAUAUAUAAUUUUGAAAGCAAACGUCUGUCUUUUGCGUUGCCAUAAUUCGCAGCUUUUAUGGGUGGAAGAUAGAAUUCAAGCAGUCCCAUGGAGGCGCUGACGAUUUGGGUUUUCUUCUUCAAUUCUUGUCGUCAUUUAAUUGAUUUUCAUUCACUGUAAUUGCUGAAUCAUUGUGUGAUUCGCUGUUUAGAGAUUUUUACCUUUUUUCCCCUGAUUGCCAGCAUAGUGUGUUUUGAUUUGAAAAGAUAUGAAUGUCGGUUAGCUGUAUGUAAUUGCGGUAUGUAUAUGCAAUUAUGUAUCCCUGUUGAGGUCUGAGUGACAAGAAUUUGUUGUUAAUGGGGACGAGUAAAAAUUUGAUUGAUUCGGUCCCUAGGGAUGUGGCGGAGAGUGUGGUUGAAAUGAAGUCAGUAGAGACUGUGACUGUUAAUGGAGGGAACGGAGAAGACAAGGAUUCAAGAGGGAAAGACCAUGAAUUGGGAUCCAGUAAUAGAGUGAUGAAUGGGGAUAGGCUUCACAGGCGGGAAGUCUGUGGAACGACAAGUCAAGGAACCACUGUUAAUGGGGUUGUGAUAGAGUGUGUGGUUCUGAUAAACUCGGGAGAAACUGGGAGCAUCGAUGAAGAAGACAGGGAUUUAAGGGUGAAAAAUGAUGGGUUGGGGUCGAGUGAUGGAGUAUUGAAUAGGGAGACUAUUGAUGGGCAUGAGACCAUGAGUAUUACUGAGCAAGAAACUGAUGAAAGCUCGAGCAAUUCGGUUGAUGGUGUGGUGCCAGAGACGUUGAUAGUGAUCAAUUCACAGAAUGCGUGUGUUGGCACUCAAGGAGGUCAUUUGGAGAUUAAGCAAAGUGACUUGGGGUUGGAUAAGGUGUUGGAAAAGCCCAAGGAAAAGGUGGGUGGAGUGGAGGAGCAAUCAUGUGUAAUUGAUGUGAAGCAUGGUGAUGGUGAUGGCGGUGGUGGAGGUAUAAGAGAGAAGUGGGACGUGGAAAAGGUGUGCAGAAUUUGUCUUCUGAGUACUGAAGGCUCAGCGAAAGGUCACUUGAGUUCUGAAGACUCACAGGAAAAUAUUUUGGCUACAAUGACCACUGAUGUUCACAUGACAGCUGCUUCCAUGGAUCUAGUUCAGCUGGGCUGUGGGUGUAAAGACGAGCUCGGCAUUGCUCAUGUUCACUGUGCAGAGGCGUGGUUUAAGCUAAAAGGAAACAGAUUAUGCGAAAUAUGUGGCCAAACUGCAAAAAAUGUUACUGGCGUGAGGGAUAACAGAGUUAUGGAAGAGUGGAUCGAGCAAAGAUAUGCUAGAAAUUACAAUAGCUCAUCAGACGGGGAUGAAGGAUGUUGGCAAGGGCCGCCAUUUUGUAACUUCCUAAUGGCAUGCCUGGUAAUUGCUUUUGUACUCCCAUGGUUUUUUCGUGUAGACAUGUUCUAGUUGCUGUGAAUAAAAACUCCAGGUUAUCCCUCGCAUCAUCACUUUCAUGGCCAUUUCUACAUAGUUCUGCACGUAUGUAUUCUCGGAGAAUUGAGUUCUAAUUCUUGUUGAAGCUAUUCCUGCGCCAUCUAUACAAUCCCCUGACUGGGCAUAUGCCAUGGGUCUUGGUAUUAUUCAGAUGAUGAAGCUUUGGAUUCCAGAAAUCGGCCAUGUGAACAGCUGAGUGUGAUUGAAUUGCUGGUACUAGUUCUCAGAUUUUGUAAUGGGAUCGCAUACAUACCAAAUGAGUGUCAAUAAUUCUUUCAUUUUGGCUGCAAUAAUCAUCUGGUUUCAUGUUUUCAGUUUGUGUAUUUCUUAUUCCUUUUUCGCUACCCAGAAUUCUGAACACUUGAUCUUCCCCACUCUUUUUUUGGGGAGUAGACGAUUGUACACAAGGAUUAUGGCACAACUGGUUGGAAUGCAAAUUCUUUUUAUUGUGAAA